CCUCAUCACUUUCUCUCUCUACCACUCACUUAAAAAGGGAAGUACCACACAUACAAUCCAUUGCUUGCUCAAAGAAAGUAGAGAGUGUGUGAAAGCUGAGCUGAUCUCUCAAGAACAAGAGAAGAGGAGGCAGAAGCAAAGUGAGAUCAAGCUGAUAGUGAGAGUGAGAUCAAUGGAGCUCUUCCCUUCGCAGCCGGAUCUUUCCCUCCAGAUCGGCCUCCCCACCGGCGCAGCCGCGGCGGCGCAUGGCCACGGCCUCAACGCGAGGUUCUUUGCCGCCGCCGCGGGAGCGGGUGGCCACAACCCGGCAAUGGCGUCGUCGCCGCCGUCGUCGCUGCAGCUUCCGCUUCCCAUGCCGCUGCCCAUGGCUCCAGCCGGCGCCGGCGGCCUGCAGUUCUACCCCGACGCCGCCGCCGCCGCCGCCGCCGCCAUGCUGAGGCCCAUACGCGGCGUGCCGCUGUACCACCACCACCAGCAGCAGCACGCCGCGGCGGCGCCGUUCGUGGGCGCGGCGCCGCUGCCGCACCACCCGAGCUCAGGCGGCGCGUGCUACUGCGAGCCGUGCCACGUCGCCGGCGCGUGGCGCAGGGGUGGCUGCGGCGGCGGCGGCGCCCGCGGCGUGCUCCCGGCGAAGCGCGCCCCGCGCGCGCCGCGCAUGCGCUGGACGUCCACCCUCCACGCCCGCUUCGUCCACGCCGUCGAGCUCCUCGGCGGCCAUGACAGGGCAACGCCAAAGUCGGUUCUUGAGCUGAUGGAUGUGAAGGACCUCACCCUGGCUCAUGUCAAGUCUCACUUGCAGAUGUACAGGACAGUGAAGAAUACCGAAAGGCCGGCAGCUUCGUCAGAUCAAGCUGAUGGGUUUGAGAAUGGGUCGGCCGGCGAGAUCUGCGACGAGAACUCGCUCGACCUGCACGGCGGAUGCAGGCCGGAGGCGAUGUCGGCGGCGGCGCGACAUGGAAGGUUAGCUGCCUGUAACGAUCAUGGGAGCAGCACCGGUGCUCAUGGCGCCCUGUGGAAUAGCUCCUCAAGGGAGGACUGGUCUGGCUUCCAUGAGUCCAACACUGGAACCAUGCAAACUCUGAAGGAUAUGCAAUCCAAGAGCCUAGAGAUCAUAUCAGACAUGAACUCCUGCGUUUCGGAGACGACAUCGAGCACCAGCGAGCUGAACCUCGAGUUCACGCUAGGGCGACCACAAAACCGACCAAACUAAUGAUCAAUCGACACCGAACAGUACCAGUCGAUAACUGAUCUGCAAAGCAUCAUCAUGAUCAUGAUCAUCGUCGACAAGAAUUAGGGGAAGUAGUUUGCAUGUUCAUCGAUCAUGCAUGUUAACAUGGUCCCAAAGAGUAGACAUUGUCAUCUUUCACUGUUGAAAAAGAUGUUCAAGGUGAAGGACAGUGUGGAAAAAGGAGGAAAGCUAGCUAGGUAGUGGUAGAGGUGAGGUGAAAGCAAAGCAUUUGUGCCAAUGGGAAAUGGGGUUAAUGUCUAGGUCAAAUUAGAUGGCUCUUUUUUUUUUUUGCAGUUGUAACAUUGAGCUAGCUAGCUGAUGGGGGAAGAAAAGGAGAAAAGGGUGGCUUUUCUACUGCAAUCACAUGCAUGUCCAUGAGCUUUGCUAGAUAGUAGCUUUUGUAGCCUUGACAGUAGGAGAGAAAAGAGAUAAAGCUGAUGAUCUAUGUGUAUGCACAUUAUGCAGUGCUGUUCAAGACCUUUAGGGAGAUAAGGUGACCAUGAUAACAACAUCAUAUAGCUGCUGACAUCUGUGUAUGCUUAUUAUUAGUCAGUGAUCUCAACUGUCCUGAAACAUGCAAAAUUAGGGAAGCAAAAAGAAACUUCUGA